CUACAAUCGUACAAGUCAAGGACAUUUCCAUCGACUGGUCGAGUUCAUCAAGUCAGGAUAGUCCAGUCUCAAGGCUAGGCUAUCCAUAGUAAUCACAACUAGUUAGAGAUCUUGUCUUGGAAUAGGACACAGUGCCCCUUUCAUCUGCCAUAUUGAUAACCAGUCGGAAUCAGGUCAUGAAAUACUGGUACUAUCCCAAGAGUUUUGAGAACAGAUUUCGAUGGCAAGUUCUCACAGUUUUGAUCCCGCUGUUGUCACAUAGCCGCUAACUACGUGUAGCUACAACCGUAACUAAGUGUUGCUUUCCUGCGAACGCACUAACCACUAGUAUAAGCCGUCCAGCAACAGUAACAGCAGUAGCAGCAGCAGCUGCAACUGAAGGAAAAAAAGAGAGGAAUCAUGUCAUCGGCGGACAGUGGACGAGACAACGAUAGUGAAGACUUACUACUGGCUGUAGGUGGUGAUGGGAGAAGUGAAGAGCAAGCUGAGGCACCCAAGCGUCGGCGGCGCAAACCAAAAACAACAUCUCGACCAAGCUCUGCAGAGCACACCCGGCAGCGACCUCUUCCUGAGAUUUUACAUGAGAAUCAAACACCUGGAACAGAUGAAGAAGAAAUCCUCGUAGAGAGGAGGGAGACAGACUCAGAAGGUGACAGAAAACUUCGUCAUCGUCGCACGCAUGGACAAGGAACGUCUGCACAGUCUGUUGCUGAGUCAUCAGCACAAGACCAUCUUGCGCAUGAGAUAGAUGUGGUGGAUGUGCAGGAUGCAGAUGAUGCAAUGCUCCGUGCUGCAACCAGUUCAGAACCAGCACCGCUGACGUCCAUCACGCAAAUAGUCAUACACGGAGCAAGUGUGCUGAAGAGCAGUACUAAGCUACUGCAGCCUGUAGUCAGAGUUAGUAUCGUUGACUCUGAAACUGGACAGCUAUUUCCACUACUACACACGUCUGCUAGAGAUAGAAGCCUAGGUGGUGUGUCACACAUUCAGCCGGUACAGACCGAGCCGUUUCCUUUACAUCGACACAGAACAUUAGCACCAAAAUGGCAGGAAUCACUCUUCAUCCGAGAAGACAUGGAAUAUUUCCUCGAGUCUCCUAACACUCUCUUGUUGUUUGAGAUUCUUGAUGCUCGCACAGUGAAGAAUGACCCGCAAGGUGCACUGUCGUUUGUCCACAAGUUUCGAAAGAAUUUCAGAAGUCCGUCAGACCCCAACUGGCAUUGCCUAGCGUGGGCAUUCUUGAAGCUGAAGAGCAAUUCUGUGGGUCACGGUAAUACCAGGGAUCCUAUUCAGCUUCAGCUGUUCAAAGUUCCCAAGAUACUAACUAUUCACCAAUCUCUUUCAGACAACUCCACACCGCAGGUGUUUCGCUGGUGGAAGAGCUCUCAGCGUGUCACCUACGCUGCCUCACUGACGGUGACCGUGAGGGAACACGUUCUGUCUUCUGAUGAAGUUCAGGCUGCACAGCAACCUGCUGGACCAGAGGUAGCGACAAUCACCAGCCACCAAGAGGAUGUGGCAGUGGACCUGCGGAAGGAAACGAUUCAACAAAGACAACAUAGUAACUUCAAUCUGGCUCCAUGUCAAGUUCCGGAAAGCUCAGUGAAGUGGAGUCGUUUUCCAGGACAGAGCUGUGAUGUUCCCAAUAAGGAAGUGCUGCGGCUAUCGAGUGGAUCACAUGGAUGUACAGUCGUUAAGUUCUCCCACAGCGGAAGACUAUUAGCAGUGGCCUGUGGACAGUCGGAACUAUUUGGAGCAAUAUUAUAUGAGAUUCCAGGAGGUAGCCCACGGGCACAGUUGCUUGCACAUCACAAUAUUGUGUACGACUUGUCCUGGUCAAUGGAUGAUGCAUUCCUUGCAACGGCAUCAGCUGAUGGCACUGUGCGCAUCUGGAACAUGGUGGAGCCAGGCAAUGUUGACUGCAAGGUUUUGCCGCAUCCGUGUUUCGUAUACGCUGCACAAUAUCACCCGGCCAACACCAAUCUGCUUGCCAGUGGUGGAUUUGACAGGCUGCUACGUGUGUGGACAACUAGUCAACCUGCACAGCUGUGCCAGGAGCUGGAAGGCCAUGUCGGGAUGAUCAACACGCUUUGCUUUGACAUAGAAGGCCAACAUCUGUUCAGUGGUGACAGUGAAGGGACAGUUAUUGUGUGGAGCUCCCCAAGUCAACUUGAUGAGCAAUGGUGCAAGAUCAAGGUGCUUCAAGACCCUAAGGCCGUUGGUGUGAGUGUAACCAGUCUCAGCAUGGCAACAGCACAUCCCUACAUGCUGGUACAACGGCGAAACAGCAGCAUGCAGAUGUACAAUAGUCAAACCUAUCGACUUGUGAACACUUUCAAAGGUUUGGUGAACUGGAAAGAACGUAUCCGGUCAUGUGUGUCACCCUGUGGUGGACUGGUCUUCUCCGGCUCUGAGGACCGGUCUUUGUGCGUAUGGGCUUCUGCAACAGGUCUUCCUGCACAUCAAUAUGACUGUCUGUUUGUGAAGUCCACCGCUGUCGAUGUAACCUACCAUCCGUUUGAGCACAUGAUUGCUCUAUGCACGCACACAGUCGAUGAGCCAGUGCUGGUCUUCAAGCGAGAUGCCGGCAGCACGCGCCCAGCCACCACUGUGACUGGUUCCAGUGCAUCAGCAUUGCAGCAGCAGCAAUCUCUGAUGGCGACGGUGAAAGGUGGCAUGGGCACCUCCAUGCAGCUAGAUUCUCGCACUACCACCGCUGCUGACACGACGCCUGGGCUGCAGUCUCUUCAUCAUAGCUCAACACGGACAGCAGCUCAUAGCAAGAGGACUGCUAGAGUGGCCUCGCGCACCUUGGAACAGGUUCAUCAAGCGGACAGCAGAGCAGAUGCUGGCUCCACACUGCACACCGAAAGGUCACAGCCCCUGCUCGCCUCCACGGCUGGCCUCCGCAAGGGCGCCGGGUACAUGCCCUCGUCACAAGCAAAGAAGACCGGUAUGUCCUUUGGUGAUGUGGCCACGCAGGGCAUGCGACUUCAGAAACUUGCUGCAAAGCUGGAUGCCGUUCUGAAGGAGAACAAGGCACUAGAUAGCGAGCUGUCGGACACGACCAAAACAGUACGUCCACCACCAACGUUCACCGCUUCAACAUCUGCCAAUGCUAAUAUUCGGAACGUCAAAGCUCGGUUGGAUGAUUGGCGGAUGCACGCAGGUACGAAUCAGGGCGAGCCAGAUAGCAUGCUGGAUGGUCAGUCAUCUCUGGCUGCCUCCACAUAUCCGGGCGAGCAGACCCAAGCUUCCGGAACACUGGGCACCAGUGCACUAUCAUGGAACACAGUGUGGGAUGGCUCGCCACUGCCCGCAGAGUCCAGUAGGUCCAGCAGGUCCAAUAAUGCCCCAAUGACCAGCACCAGGAAGUCCAGGAAGGCACCGCCGGCCGGUCACGAUUGGAAAUCCUCGAAACAGUUGGUGAUUACUAUGUAUGACUAUGAGGCUGUGAAGGAGACGGAGCUGACUUUCGACACGGGAGAAGAGAUGAGAAUUCUUGUGCAGAGCAAUGAGCACUGGUGGUACGCUGAGGCGCAGGAUGGUCGCCGUGGUUACAUUCCUGUCUCCUACGUGAAGGGGAAAGUCGGCCAACAAGAACAGCAUGCGAAGACUGAUGAUAGAUUGCACACCACGUCCAGCCGGGAUGGUGUGCAGAGUACCUUGUCGGACCGACCAUCACCAUCGCGUGGAGAAUCCAGUAUGCAGCAGCGCUCAAUGUCACUUGAUUCACGGACUAAACCUACAAAGUUGAAGAAAAAGUAUGGGCGCCGACCAUCAACAACUGGUCGCCGCAGUGUGGUUCCCGGAGACGCUACUACGUAGGCAGCAGUUGUGUCGCUGAACAUGUAUGCUGUCCAGAGAAGCUGCCAGGUGCACCAACGCACGUUAGAACUCAGCGCGAGGUCCUGCCAUGCAUGCCUGGAUAAGGAUGGGGUAAGCCAGCACACGACUUGAUAGUGGUGGGUACAUGCAGACGUGUGUGGCAAUUCAGUCGUAUCUGGAGUAUGCGAAUCACCUGUCCUACACCCAAUGCUGCGACAUGGGACAUGAUCAUCACAUGCGCUGGUAGUGCAUCAUGAAUUCAUGAUACCUUACUCCAAGUGCGGGUGCAAAGAGUAAUGUUUCCCCAAGACUGGUGUGAUAACAGACAGCGAGUGCAGUGCAGCAGCUACCACCAUCAUGGACGUAAUAUUAAUUAUUAUUAAUUUCAAGGUAAACAGUCAGGGGAAGUGAA